CUUCCUUGUUGAGGUAGUUCCAAAUUAUUCUGGAUCCAUAAUUCAACGUUGCAAGAUGUCCAAACUAUCAAUAAUUUGCAUUUUGUUGGUGAUUAUUGUCAUCAGUGUUGAUGUUGAAGGCCAUAAAAGAGGCGGUAGAAAGAACGGCAAAGGCAAAGAAACUGAGACAGAAGUUGGUGAGAGUAGCGAAAAAAGUCCUGGUAGUCCAAAGAAGGAUAAACAACAAACUGGCAGUAAUGCAGCUAAAAAAGGAAAAAGCGGAAGAAAAGGCAAAGGAAACAAGAAACGCGGAAGGAAAGGCAGAAGAAACAAGAAACGACGAUGUCAAUGUAAAGUUGCUUCUGUGAAGACCCUCAGCAAAUGUAGAAAAAAUGGAAGAAGGAGGACAUGUUCAAAGGUGAAACAGUACUUCUUUACGAAAAAACAAUGCAACUACCCAUUUGAUGAUUUAAAUGCUGGAGAGACUGAUGAUUCUGGAUCAAAUGACGGACCAGAUGACGGGACAGAUCCUAACGAUGGAACAGGAUCAGACGAUGACACGGGAUCUAACGAUGGAACUGGAUCGGACGAUGGGAAUGACGAUGGAGCAGGAACUGGCGGUGGACUUGAGGUAGACCCGGGCGAAACACUACCUGGAGAUGGAGUAGACGACGACCAAGUCGACAUCAUUCUGAUAGGUGACUGCACGGAUACUGAAAACCCAGAGUAUGCGUUGGAAAAAUGUGCUGCCAGUAUCAAACAAGACCCACCACUGUAUUACUUAGAGACCAGCUGUUCUACGCAUUUCAUCCAGUGUGGUGAGCAUGGAGGCGCAGAUAUAAAACCAUGUGCACCUGAGACUGAAUGGUGUCAACAAAAGUUAACAUGUGACCAUGUCGGCAGUUGUAAUACUUAAUUAUAUACUAUUAGAACGUAGAGAGUGAACUUCAUCGAUAUGUACAUAUUAAAAUGUAAAUUAUAGUUUUACCUGACUUGUGAUAUAUGAAUAUGUCAGAAAAUUAACUUUAAUUGAUCAUCGUAUUUUCAUCUCAUGAUUGUCUUAUAUUAGAAAUCAAGUGUGCAUAUUCUACAUUGUAAUAAUAAACAUAUUUUUGCA